AAUUAAAAUGUACAGUACUUUUUUGUACACAACAGUCUUUGCAGAUAAACGCCCACUUAAUAAGGGUGGGGCUCAUUUUAUGGGUAGGGCUCAUCAUGGAAAACUCUUUCUGUUGUUUCUUGUCAUGUAGUCCAACCACAAAGGAACUAACGGAGCAUGUUGAUGUUGGUACUAACUGGUUUAUACUUGGUACAAUGCUUGACUUGGAUCAGAAACGAUUGAGAGGUAUUGAAGCACAAGCUGGCCACACUGACACUCACAAGAUGAUAGAGAUGUUCAAUCUAUGGCUGACCACUACUCCUACUGCUAGUAGGAAAGAAGUGCUAGAUGUAUUGAGAAAAAGAGUAGUGGGAGAGAAUAAAAUAGCUGAUCAAUAUGAAAAGUAUUUGAAGGAAUUACAUAAUACAAAUUAUACACCACCAUCUACUGAAGCAGUUUCUAUUUUUCAAAGGAAUAUUCAAUCAUUGAAUGAAGCUCUUGUCUCUCCUGUACAAGUGUCUCAACUGUUAUUCUGUAAGAGAUGUAUAAGUGAAGCUACUCUGGAUGAAAUGGAGAGGAUAGAUCAGAGGAGGUCACUGGAUGACAAGAAGACCACUCUAUUGACUGCCAUGCAAGAAACAGUGUCUAGCAACUACAGGAAACUUAAAGAUAUUGCUACAGUGCUGUCUGAUGUUGAACAAACAAGAGAUAUAGCCGAUAAUAUCAUGACUGAAUUUAAAGAGAAAAUUCCUCAAGAGGAUGUUAGUACAGUAGUACAACCACAGGAGGGAGUAGGUGGUAAUGAAGAUCGUGCUAGUGAUAUAUUAAGGAAUAAUUACAGUGCUCUCUCUCAGUCAAUUACUGAACCAGUUCGUGUGGCAAAGUUGCUUCAUGAAGAGGUUAUAUCUGAUGAGGCUCUGUCUUGUGUCAUGUCUACCAGAGGUUCUGUGUCUGACAGUAGAGCAGUUCUCCUCAAAGCUGUACGAGAUGCUGUUCACUCCAAUUACAAACACCUGGAGUUGUUUGUUAUUGUAUUGAGGAAGUUCUCAGAGACUGCUCAUAUUGGAGAUACUAUUUUUCAAGAAUACAAGCAUCAUUUCAGCAAUGAUGAAAAUAUCGAAGAGAUGGAGACUUACUUAACUGAAAAAAGAGGUUCUCAAUAUAUAUCAAGUGACUCAGAUUCUGAAGGCUCAGCUAUUCUUGGUCAUUGGGUACCUUUUCCUCAUAAAAUGAGAAAAGAAUUUAAAGAAAUGCGAAUAAAGUUUGGAUCAACUUUUUAUAGGGUACGUCUUCUUUUCUCCAAGAAAUGGGCUAAGUCACAGAAAGACAUCAAUAAAGUGAAAACACUGCUUGCUGAUACUUAUCCUGAUCUCAAGUCUGAGCUUUCUGUUGCUAAAACUAUUGAUAGUGUUCUGGAUGUGGUAAAGAGAAAGUGUAGCAUUGUUGAUGUUCAUCUUCUUGAAGUAAUAGCUGUUCAUUUUAAAGUAAAAGAGGCUAUAAAAAUAAUCAUAAAACAUAAAGAAGCAGCUAAAGAAUUCUGUGAAUCAGUAUCUGUGAGUCUUUCCAGUAACGAAACAUUGCAAGCAAUCCCUAUGCAACACUUGCCAUGUGAAACCGUAACAUUUGUCCUGAGCUGGGAUGCUGAUGACACCACCCUGCAAGAUGUCUAUGAUGUAUUGUUGGAGUUAGGUCCUCUGCCAAAUUAUCAUAUAAAAGUAACUGAUGUUUGUAAAGGUCGAUCAGUUGUAGUAACCUGCUACUGUCCUGCUGAAUACACUACCUUACUGAUAAUGGCUGUCCUUGGUAAGAUAGAGAUACUGCAAGAGAAAGGAUUGAAGGAGUUCAAAGUAGGCAACUGUACUAUAUGGAACAAGGUAUUACCAGUAAUGACAACUGAAACUCCUAAAAAGACUGACAAACUUACCAAAGAGACAGUCAAUAAUUAUGAAGAUAUGGAGAGAGAACUGUUGUCAAUGAGGCAACAGUUAGCUAAGAAGGAGAAACAAGUACAAGAACUAAUAAAAGAGAGAGACCAACCAGAUGAUACGGAUGAGCUGAAAAGAAGUCUUGUGAAAAAAAAUCAGGAAAUUGAUCAUUUGAAGGUUUCUAUCAAAAAGAAAGAUGAUGAGUCAGUUUCUAAGAUUCGAGAAUUACAAACUACUUGUCAAUAUGCAACUGAGUCAUCAAAAACUCAAGGCAUCAGUGAGUUUGUUAUUGGGAAGACUGAAGUGACAUUAGAAUGUGUAGCUGAAUUGCAGGUACAGAAGAGAAAGAAUAAAGCAUUGAUGCUUGAGAAUGAAAAGCUUAUAUCUGAAAUUAAGAAGAAAGAAAGAAUACCUGAACAAAUUGAAUCUGGCAGUAAGGUACAGUACAUUACUGAAUCAUCAUCCUCAAAGCGACAUAAUAUGGAGGCCAGAGAUGAGGUUUUUCUCAAGUGCUUAACCUUUAAAACUUUAAAGUCAUUUGUACCAUCUCUAUUAACGAAUGAAUCUGUAAAGUGUCUCAAUAUACAGUCAACCCCAUUAAAAGAGUUUGCCCACUAUUUUUUCAUGCUUAUGACAGACAACUCUACAUUGAAGCAUUUAUUGCUUACUCAUGACACAAUUAAUGAUGAUGGGGUCAAAAGUCUGGCACAUUCGUUGAAGGCUAACGUGACACUUACACUUCUGUCACUUGAUUUCAAUUCAGAGGUUACUUCUGAAAGCUGUAAAUCACUGGCUGAUCUUUUACGUGCAAACAAAACACUCCGUGUUCUCUCUCUCUCCCACACUAAUAUUGAUGUGGAUGGAGCACACUUACUGGUUGAAUCACUUGAGCCCAAUGAUCCACUUAAGUCCAAUGAUUCACCUAAGCCCGAUGAUCCACCUAAGCCCAAUGAUACAUUAGAAUGGCUUGUAUUAGAUGAGCGACACAGAGAAUCAUUCCCUGGUGUCAACAGGAUGAAAUUUUGAAGAUAUUUUUAUCACUUAUACCAGGAACCCUGCUUAUUUCUUAUUUGAAUGAAGUUUUAAUUGUUUGUGUCUAUUUGUUU